ACAGCUGUUUGCUUCGCUUCGCUUGUUUGGCUGGAACCCCGGCCCGUUCGAGCUCUCAUAAUGAGUGACCUAAUCUUAAAAUAGAAUUUAUAUUUUUACUUUAAAUAUAGGCUUCACGAAGAUUUAAUUAACAGUCCAGAGUUCGAACUAAACAUUCUGAAUAAAAUGGGCAACCGCACGAAGGUACAAGAAAUGUACUCUCUGAUCAAAAAAAUGUUUACCUGGUCAUAUGCAAAGGGAUUAAUUCUUAAUCCAGCACAGUUACCGAUUGUCGCCUUUCUGAUCAUCCUUGGAGAGCUCAUUAUGAACGUGUUAAUAGUGGAAAGAGUGCCAUAUACAGAGAUUGAUUGGAAAGCAUACAUGCAGGAAUGUGAAGGAUUUUUGAAUGGAACUUUGGAUUACAACAAACUUCGUGGGGACACCGGGCCUCUUGUUUACCCUGCAGGUUUUGUCUACAUAUAUUCCAUCUUCUAUUUUCUUACUAAUCAAGGUGAAAACAUCAGACUAGCCCAGUAUGUGUUCAUUGCUAUUUAUUUAUUACAAUUGUACUUUGUACUAAAAAUUUACAUAAAAACUAAAAAAGUACCACCAUAUGUUCUUGUUAUUACCAUACUAACUUCAUAUAGGAUUCAUUCAAUAUAUGUAUUACGCCUGUUCAAUGAUCCUAUAGCUGUGUUAUUUUUAUAUAUUUCACUUAAUUUCUUUAUGGAUGGAAAAUGGUAUUUAGGAAGCAUUUUCUACAGUUUGGGCGUAUCUGUUAAAAUGAAUAUUCUUCUAUAUGCCCCUGCUUUGUUCUUCUUUUAUUUGGUCAAUUUAGGUUUAAAAGAUACCAUUAAACAACUUUUUGUUUGUGGUUUAUUACAGCUUGUUUUGGGUCUGCCCUUCCUAAUAGGCAACCCUGUUGCUUAUUUAAAAGGAAGUUUUGAUAUAGGUCGUGUUUUUAAUCACACAUGGACUGUCAAUUAUAGAUUCCUAGAAGUUGACUUUUUUGAAAACCAAUGUUUCCAUUUGACUCUGCUUGGUAUUCACAUUUUGUUGCUAUUUAUAUUUUUACCAAUGUGUGUACAAUACUUUAAAAGCUAUUGUAGACUUAAAUAUGUUCAGAAACAAGUUCAACCUCAAAUUGAUGCCAAGAAUAAAGAAAAUAAAAGAAAAAUUAAUCAAAUAAAAGAUGCAAAACGAAAGACUGCUAACAAGAUCGACAACAGAGAGGAAAAGUUGACAAAAGAACAGGAAGACUUCUUAGGGUCAUUUGAAGCAAUGUUAAAAAAGUCAUCUCAAAAGACAGGAAAGAAGACUGUGGUGAAACGGGAACUAGAUACUAGUCAGAAUCCACACUAUAGUAUAAACUUUGACAUUUUGUCACAACUGUUUAUAUUACCAAUGUUUAUCAUUAAUUUUAUUGGUAUUGUAUGUGCCCGAAGUUUGCAUUAUCAAUUCUAUUCUUGGUAUUUUCAUAGUCUUCCAUAUUUGCUUUGGUCAUGUAACUACUCUGUAAUAGUAAGAUUUUUAAUUUUGGCACUUAUUGAAAUGUGCUGGAAUACUUACCCCAGUACCAAUUUCACUAGUGUUAUAUUGCAUAUUUGUCAUUUGAGUAUAUUAUUUGGUAUUUAUAAAAAAAUAUCUGCUGAAUUAAGCAUAGCAUCUAAAGUGCAAUGAACAUUCAAGCACUUGCCUGCAAGAUACUUAUAAUGCAAGACUUGAUUAUUUUUUUAUCUACAAAAAAGGAUUAUAAUUAGUACAUACUUUUGUUCUUCUGUAAGAAAGUAGAUAUGUACCUACUAUAGUGAUUUUCAAAGAAGCAA